CUCCCUAAUCAGCUUGACAAGUUCGCGUCUCAGUACGGGUCAUGUCUAAGUGGGCCGUUACAGGUGAAGCAGCAGCCGCCCCACCACCGCCAGUAGCAGUAGUAGCGGGAACGGGAGCAGCGGGAGCAGGAGCAGCAGGAACGGGAGCAGCGGGAACGGGAGCAGCAGGAACAGGCGCAGCAGGAACCGGAGCAGCAGUGCCAUAUGUGCCUUUGGAUCUGCGUAUUUGGGAUCUUUGGCACCUGCUAGUAAGUGCUGAAGUCGAGAGAAAGUGAAGAUGGCGUGGCGUCACCGCUCCAGGGAUGAGAAGAUUCUCCUCCGCGUCAUCGGGUUCCUCGUCUUCGCCCUCACCUGCUUCAUCGUCGCCGUCGUCGUCAUGGACUUAACCUUCAAGGCCAAGAUACGGGACUUGGAGGAUGAGAUCGACGGCCUUAAGUCCACUCCGGCCCCACCUACCACCACCACCACCACCACUACGGACUUCACCACCUUCCCCGACACCACAACUGAAGACACUACCACUGCUUCUUCUACGACCACCUCAGCUCCGACCACCACACCACCGCCUCCUACCACCACCACCACCACCUCUACUGUCUCCACUGCCACCUCUACCGCAAGCACCGAAUCUGAAAGCGCCCCUCUGAUGGAUGAACGCAACCCUCCUCAUCAGUUACUGGAGGCGCUGCAGUCAUUACUCUUCGAUUAUUCCGGAUAUACGUCAUCAUCCAGAAACAUGUUCAAGAUGAGUGAUAGUGACGGGGUGCGGAGACGCACGCACGGUCGCUUCAUCAUCAUGGCCGACGUCCAACACGAGGAAUCCAAACCCACCAUUGAGGAUCCCGGCAAAACAGAUGACAGUCAAGAGCUCUCAUCAACACUGGACAUAGACACCAUGGAACACACCACAGAUAUGAUGACAACUACACCAGAUGUAACUGAUGACGAGGACUUAACUACAGAGUAUUCUGAGGACUCCAGCACUCGGUAUUACUCCAAAGACGGUUUAUUAACAGAAAGAGAAGGAUCGGGUGGCGGACCGACUUUCUCUCCUUGAUGCUAUAUUAGUUUUUUUUUUUUAAGUGUUGUGUAUACAAUUAAUAAUAAUAAUAUACAAGAUCUGAUAGAGUAACACAUUCCAUUGUCGUUCUGUUAGAUUCAUAUAUAUAUAUAUACCCCCUUACCUUCCCUCUAGAUAUGAGAACCCACUCCCUUUUUAUAUCACAUUUAUAAAUUAUAAACUAGGACAACAGUUAUAUAACAUAAUUUUUUUUUUAUAAAUAAUUCAAAGUAAAAUAUUAUAUUAACAAUUGUACAAAUUUUAAUAUUUUACUUGAAAUCUUAUUAAACUUUCCUAGUUUUUAUAUUUUCGUUUGACUGUUAUUUAAUUUUCGUUAUUAAAUUAUGUAAUUAUAAUAUUUCUUACUAAAUGCAAAUUCUAAUAAUUUAAUACAUUGUUAUUCGCUGUUAUGAAAAUAAACAUGAUUCGUU